AUGGCUCCACCCAAGUCUAGAGGAGCCACUCGGAGCAGCAACGCAAGGAUUCUUCUCUUUUCCUUUCUCCUCGCUCUCCAAUACGGCGCUCAACCUUUGAUUUCCAAACGCUGCAUCAGCCGUGAAGUUAUUGUGACUUCAUCCGUUUUGGCAUGCGAGGCUGCAAAGGUUAUAUUUGCAUUGUACUUCAUGACAAAAGAAGGUAGUCUGGGAAGAAUGUAUAAAGAAUGGACUUUGGUUGGUGCAUUGACUGCAUCAGCACUUCCUGCCGCUAUAUAUGCACUGCAAAAUAGUUUGUUGCAGAUUUCUUACAAGAAUCUUGAUUCACUCACAUUCUCAAUUCUGAAUCAGACAAAAAUCUUUUUCACUGCAUUAUUUACAUUUUUCAUGUUGAGGCAAAAACAAACAAUUCAACAAAUUGGAGCCUUGUUCUUGUUAUUAGCUGCAGCAGUUUUACUAAGUGUUGGUGAAGGCUCUAACAAAAGUUCUACUAGUGCUAAUGCUGAUCAAGUUUUAUUCAAUGGAAUAGUUCCUGUACUAAUUGCUUCAGUGCUAUCUGGACUAGCUUCUUCCCUGUGCCAAUGGGCUUCUCAGGUUAAGAAACACUCAUCAUACGUAAUGACUGUAGAAAUGUCGAUUGUUGGAAGUAUAUGCUUGCUUGCCAGUACCUUGAAAUCUCCAGACGGGGAAGCUAUGAGACGUCAUGGAUUUUUUCAUGGUUGGACUCCUCUAACUUGGAUCCCAGUAAUUUUGAAUGCCCUUGGUGGAAUUCUUGUUGGUUUAGUUACAAGCCAUGCUGGCGGUGUUCGGAAGGGAUUUGUCAUUGUCUCAGCUUUACUCGUUACAGCAUUGCUACAGUUCAUUUUUGAAGGAAAACCGCCUUCGUUAUAUUGCCUUGUGGCUCUUCCACUAGUGGUCAGUAGCAUUUCAAUAUAUCAGAAAUAUCCCUACCAGAUUAAGAAGAAGGAAUCAUAA